UCACCUUUGACCGAGGUCGAAAGAAGGGUAGCCUAUUCGGUUUGCAAGGUUACCGCCACUGCCACACACAUUUUGGCGAACUUUUAUGUUGGCUGCUGGAUCAAAACUGAGCAAACAAUCAGACCAUGUUGUCUCAAGCCCUGGAUAGUGGUCGUCGUAUCAGCGGGUACAUCAUGACGCUAUUUUUGUUCACAAAGUCCGACGUGUUCACAGUUCUUAUCCCAAUCACUUUAUCUACCUUCGCAGCUGCUUCCCAUCCCGAUAUAAAUCACAUUCCGGACAUCAUCAUGUGGAUAUGGCUGCACCUCCUGAAACAUGAUAUAUAUAAUCAGAUGCUGGAUCCAGAGGAGGACCAGAAAAACAAGCCUUAUCGCCCUCUCCCUGCCGGUCAUAUAACUGCCCAAAAUGCGGCGGAUGUACACUGGCUGCUAGUGCCAGUCUGCCUGAUAUUUUCUGCGAUGUACGGCAUCAAGGCUUUCGCUUGUAGCGCUUGUAUAGAGGCCCUCAGCAUCUGGUACAAUGAGUUUGGUGGCGAUAAGACUGGGCUUUCGAAGAACCUAUUGACGGCUAUUGCAUAUACAAAUUUUGAAUUAGGCGCGAUGGCCGUGAUUGGGUCCAGUAUUGAUAACAUUGGAGCAUGUGCAGUCGCCUUCAGCUCUGUAGUGUUCGCAACGACACUUCAUGCACAAGAUUUCAAAGAUGAGGAGGGAGAUCGAUUGACGGGAAGACGCACUCUUGUCACUCUGUUCCCUACCUUUGCGCGUAUGUCCAUGAUGAUUGGCACCCCCCUUUGGUCAUUCUACCUUAGCAGACUUUGGAAGGUAGAUCUCGUCUGUUCUCUCGCGUUCGUAGCGUACGGAACGAUUGUCGGGGCGAGAUUCGUGGUUUAUAGGACCGCGAGUGCGCACAAACAGUCGUGCAAACUGUAUAGCCUCUGGUUUACCCUUGUGCACUUACUCCCUGGCUAUUGGCGAUUCUUCUACAGCACUUGAAAUCAGAAGCCCAGUGCAAGUUGCACAGGUAGUAGUGUAUUAUAUUACGAAGGAGAUACUUAUAAUAGUAGUAAAGAUGGCUUCGCCUCUAGCGAUGGACACACGCUGCAUCAGACACUUCAGCGAUUCUGACUCUGUAUGCCUUGUUUCCGAUUCUUUCUUUUCCUUCAUUAUUUCACAUUCUCACACCUUUCCUUCUACUCGUUCACUGCUUUGUUUGAUUAUCGUCUCAUUCCCCUUUCGCACUUAUACCAACGCCUUUCCAUUUCACGUCUCACUAUUCGCGCUUUGACAGCGCUUAGAUCUCAUCGCAUGUAAAAACCGCAUGUGUGUCUUCAUAUCUUUAGUGAUUCAAUCUCAC